UCAUGGCGGGUGGUUGGUCUCAAACCUCUACGGGUUCGUGAGAGUGCCCGUCUACUCGUGAUGUGUUUUUUUGAAAACUCCACGCUUCGUCUCCACCUCAUGAGAAGCUCGCUAAGCACGCUAUCCCUUCUUCUGGCGUCGUAAACCCACAUCUUUCGGCGGUAUGCUUGCGACGCUGCUCCCACCGAUAGCUACCGUCUUGUUGGCAUCCGCCGCAGUCACUUCGGCCGAUCUGAGCGACUACGAAUUCGCGCAAUGGCAGCAUCGAAGCGACGACAGUGAUCUGUUCACAUUCGUUACGCGCCCUGACCUGAAGCCCCCCAAACUCAACGUUGCCCUCAACAAGAAAGAGUGGACUGCACCGGGAUAUCUUUUUGUCGCCCCCUACGACUGUCUCGAGUGCAGCCAUGUACCUACCACUUCCUACACGACGCAUCAGAUCGGACCACAUAUCUACACUCAGGAAGGAGAGCUCGUGUGGAGCGGAACCGAGCUGUUUCAAGGCACAAAAGUGUUCGACUUCAAGCCUGUGAUGAUCAACGGAGAACAUCAUCUCUCCUUGGUCGCUCCUACCGAUGCCGAAUGGCAACCCUUCCCGGACGGGUUUGCAAUGGUGCUGAACGCAUCUUACCAACCCACGUUCUCGCUGACUACAGAGGACCUUGGCCAGGCAAUCAAUCUGCACGAAUUUCAUGUUCUUGACGACGGGCAGACAGCGCUUCUUGGAAUGACAAGCCAUCGCGACCGUCGCGAGUCAGACGAAGUACACUGGAGAGGCCCAAUACUGGAUUGUAGCUUCACGGAAAUCGAUUUGCGAACGCGAAAGCCGUCUUUUGAAUGGACUGCCAGCGAUCAUGUCCCAUUUACGGAGUCCUCGAAUCCGUCUCCGAGCGCUGGAUUGCCAGCUGCAUCUUGGGAUUGGUUCCAGUUGAACUCAAUAGAUAAAGAUAAAUCCGGGAGCUACCUGGUAUCGGCAAGAGCUACGAAUACCAUCUAUUACGUCUCCCCCGACGGAUCCAUCCUCUGGCGUCUGGGUGGUUUCAAUUCGUCUUUCCAACAGGAUUUCAAUUUUUCUCGGCAACACCAUGCUCGGAUUCGAGAUCAGAACGACGUCAAUAUGAUCGUCUCCUUCUUCGACAACGCAGCAGACGACACCGGCAGCUGGGCUCCCACUUCCGAAUCGUCGAGCUUGAAGGUUGUUGGGCUGGAUCUGGAAAACAUGGUAGCGACUCUCUACCAUACGCACGAACGGCCAGAUGGCGGACUCACCAAAACCCAUGGCAAUGUGCAGUUCCUUCCCAACGGUGGCGUGUUUGCCGGCUGGGGCGAAAACGCAUACAUGACCGAGUAUGUCAACCGCGGGGGCCAGAAGCUCUACGAAGCGUCGUUUGCAUCGAAGCGCUUUACGAACUACCGAGCGUACAAGAUGGAGUUCGUCGCCCAGCCUCUUACCAAACCAACCACGAAAGCUUUCGUGACGACGAACGCCCGUGGGCAGUUAAGGACGACCAUCUACGUAAGCUGGAACGGGGCGACGGAGGUUGCGACUUGGAGAUUUCACGCCCAUUCUACCAACAAACGUGGCAAACGCGAGCUCGGCCGAGUAGCCAAAACUGGCUUCGAGACGAGGUUCAUAGCAAUGGAGUAUCAUCCCAUCAUCUUCGCCGAAGCCCUCGAUUCCUCUGGCGCCAGCCUGGCCAACUCGUCCCUCGAGAUUACUGAGAUCCCGCCGGGCUUUCACAGCGCGGACAGUCCCACGUACUUUGACCUCGAACGGCGACACAGACGGGACUUUGCCACGCGCACAGUCGUCGCUUUCAUCGCUGGCCUCGCCGUUGCGACCAUCUGGGGACGAUUCCGACUUGGCAAGAUGCAUGUGAAUUGGAAAGAGGGAUCUGGGCGAUGGGCAGCGAAGCAGAAGAAGUAAAUAAUGUUACGAAUUUCAGCGGUGUAGCCUUCUUCUAUGCCACAAUGCAGGAACUUCUUGACUUCAAUCCGAAAA